AUGUUCUCGUUUCUCGCACACCGUCGCGCUUGCGUUGCCAAGCAGCGGGAGCGUCAAGAGCGCAUUCAGAACCUUCCCCCCUCUUAUCACAGUGCUCUUACGCCUGCAGAUAAGGGCAUUCUCGCCCUACCUGUCGCAGAAGUCGUCGCAAACGUGCAGGCAGGGUCUCUCGACCCGUCUGACAUUCUACUGGCCUACGGCAAGAAGGCGCUGAAAGCGCACGCAGAGACGAACUGCUUGACCGAGGUCCUCAUCUCCAAGGCGGAGGGAUGGGCGAAGAACUGCAACACGCAGGGACCUCUUGCGGGCAUGCCUGUCAGCCUGAAAGACACGGCCGCCAUCACGGGCUUUGACUCGUGUAUCGGGUACUCGGCGUGGGUGGGCAAGCCGAUGCAGAAAGACUGCGCGCUUGUGCGGCUCUUGCGUGAUGCGGGUGCGGUUCCGUUCGUCAAAACGAACGUGCCGAUAACGCUGCUCUCAUUUGAAUCGGCUAACGAUGUAUUCGGCGUCACGACGAACCCACAUAAUAAAAGGUAUUCGCCCGGUGGAUCGACUGGCGGAGAAGCUGCGCUGCUCGCCUAUGGUGGCUCUCGUCUUGGGAUCGGAACAGACGUUGCAGGUUCCGUGCGUGCCCCAGCACACUAUUCCGGAGUCUACACGAUCAAGGCGUCUAUGCAUCGGUUCUUAAAAACCGGCAAUCCCACCAGUAUGCCUGGGCAAGAGGCUAUUCCUGCUGUGUAUUCACCGAUGACGAGGACGCUGGAAGACUUGGAGACUUUCUGGCGUGCGAUUGUCAGCAUGAAGCCGUGGGAGUAUGAUCAUUCUUGCUUACCCAUCCCCUGGCGCGAAAUCGAUUUGUUAGGCUCGAAGCCGAUACGGUGGGGUGUGAUAUGGGACGAUGGUGUGGUUACUCCAUCCCCUGCGUGCCGUCGGGCAUUGCAAGAGGUGGUAUCGACGUUGGAGGCUCACAAGCAUGAGGUCGUGGCUAUAGACCCUCCCAGUCCAUACGAAGCACUCCAAAUAUCCUCUCAGCUACUUCUAGCGGACGGCAGUAAAACGUGUAUGCAGCCGAUGCGCUUCAACGAGACGAACGACCCGGGGGUGCAUCAAGCACGGUUGAUGUUCCGUAUGCCGCGCUUUGUGAAGAGCCUCUACGCGUGGUACCUGAGGCACAUUCGCCGGGAUGAGGUGUACGCGGGACUCAUCGAGAGCUGGUACGAGAAGAGCAUUGAGGAAUACCUCGCGCUCAUCGCACGGCGGGAGGGGUACCGCGAGCGCUGGUUCGCGAUGAUGCGCGACGAGGCGCUCGACUUCGUGCUGACGGUGCCGAAUGCCCUCCCCGCGGUACCGCAUGGGGGGAUGAAGGAGGGGUUCAAGGCGUGUGGGUACACGUUCCUCUUCAACAUACUCGACUACUCGGCGGGCGUCUUGCCCGUAACGCACGUAGACAGAGCGCGAGACGCGCUUUCGUCGUUCAAACCUAGGAAUGCGAUCGAAGCGGGCUCGUACCAGAUGUACGACGCGGACCGGAUGCACGGUUUGCCCGUCGGCGUGCAGGUCGUUGGGAAGCGCCUCGAAGAAGAGAAAGUGCUGGAAGGCAUGAAGAUCAUCGAGAAACUGCUGAAGGGCGACGGAAAGGGGUAUGUGUUGUACAAUGCCGACGAUUGA